GGCUGAGUUUCCAGCAUAGGCGUGGAAUAAAAAAGUAAUGGUUCACUCAGAGAGGAUAAUAUGACAGUUCAGACAACAAGCUCUCAUGUCAGAAGGCUUGAUGAAGGAUUUGCUUUUGUGGCUUCUGUUCUGUCUCUUUGCCCGGCCGUCCAUCCUCACUCCCCCCACGGAGUCAGCGAUGACAGAUGACGGUCACCAGCAAUCCUUGGACUGUAAGCGCUUCGUCCAUGGCCACGGCAUCCAUGAGAGCUGGCCUUCCAACAACCAGAGCAGGCUGCCGGUGGUUGAGUCCAAGGUGUUUGCGUCCCGUCUGAAAAAACAAUUUGUGAGCGGUCACUUCACUGUGGUCCGCGAUCCGCUGAGGACCGUGUCUGUGCUGGAGCCUGGUGGCCCGGGGGGCUGUGGCACUCACAAAAUGGCCACGGUGGAGGAAACAGCUCGGGCCGCCGGGUGUCUGUAUGCCCAGAAUGCCGGUUACUUCAACACCAAGACGGGCCAUUGUUUGGGGAACAUUGUGAGUGACGGCAGGAUGGUGAUGGACAGCGGUGGCGUGCAGAAUGCCCAGUUUGGCAUUCGGAGGGACGGUACCCUGGUGUUCGGGUAUCUGUCUAAGGAAGACGUUUUGGAUCUGUCAAACCCGUUUGUCCAGCUGAUCAGUGGAGUGGUGUGGCUGAUCAGAAAUGGUAAAGUCAACAUCAAACCCAGUCUGAAGGCCGAGUGUGGCAAGACACAGGAGACCGGUACAUUACAACAGUUCACGGAUGUCAUCUCAGCAAGGACAGCUGUGGGCCACGAUGCUCAGGGCAGGCUGAUCUUGUUCCAUCUCGACGGAAAGACUAGCGAAAGAGGUAUGAGCCUUUGGCAGAUGGCUGAUUUCCUGAAGGACAAGGGAGUCAUCAACGCCAUCAAUCUGGAUGGAGGCGGGUCUUCCACCUUCAUUGCCAAUGGCUCAUUGGCUAGCUACCCUUCUGAUGAGUGCUCAAAACCAGAGAAAAGUUGGCGCUGUGCUCGGCCAGUCUCCACCAUCUUAUGUGUUCAUCCGCACCGAUGCCAGCCGCCCGACUGCAGUGGACACGGCCAAUGUGUGGCCGGACUCUGUCAAUGCCAGGAGGGCUGGCGGGGUGCCGCCUGUAACUUUUCCACCUGUCAGUCUUCCUGCGGUGCCCAUGGUGUCUGUGCCGCCAGUGGUUGUGUCUGUGAUGCUGGGUGGAGAGGGCAGAACUGCAGCCAAGAGUGCCCAUCAGGCUUCUAUGGUGACGGCUGCAAGCAAACCUGCUCCUGCAUGAACAACACCUCCUGCCAUCACAUCUUCGGAAACUGCAGUUGCCCUCCAGGAUUCUACGGGGCAGCCUGUGAAAAAUAUGGGCGUAUCCUGGUGGAGCCACUCUUGACGCUGGGGGUUAACACCUCUGACCCGACUCAGUCAAGGUGGCUGACAAUAACCGUCAUUCUGAGCGUUCUGCUACUGCUCAGCCUGGUGGCGCACGUCUUACCUGUGUGCCAACGCUGGCUGGAGACUCGCAGAUGUCGUGACUACGACUACCUGCCGCUGACCACUGGCGGAGGAGUCUCUUUACAGUGCUCCACCCUCAUAGGUGAAUCUGGCAAAGGGUUUAUGGAUAACUCACACAUAACGGAAUUAGCAUAACGAUUUGAGUCUGUCAUGUUAAUAAACUAAGUGGCUUUAAAGUCAUGUCAUGAAUCUUCUUUCACCCUUCAAUGUGUGAGAAGCGCAGCCCACAUUGG